CCCAGUGUGUCAGCGGAGGCGACAUGUUUUAGUCCAAAGUGAUGUUCUCGCAAUGUAAGGACGUCGACACGGCUGGCGAGUGCGAGAGUUCAGGUCGGCCGCUCAGCGUGUAGCGAGACAGACGGCGAGGAGUUGACGUGAGACGGACUGGCUAACGGGAGAAAAAGCUGGCUGACGUGAGGCGACCCGGCUAUGGCUCAGUGGCUCGCAGGACGUCGACCUUUGACGUGAGUCCGCCACCGCUCACUUCUGCAUGAAUAGAAGCCAUGGAGAUUCUGUGCGACGGCUGGAGCCUGCUCUAGAAUGGUCCAGCACAAUGAGCCUGACCAUGCAGCUGCGCCAAAGGGUCCACCCAAGCCAACUGAGGUCCCCCCUGCACCUCCUGCCCCGCCAACGCACUUUCAUCCUUUCCGCCACGCGCAGGACCGCUCCCUCAUCACCCAGGCCAUCCAGUUCUUGGAGAACAGUGGAUUUUACUGGGGCCCGAUGGACGUGGACGAGGCCCACGUGCGGCUGGCAGGAAUGCCGGUUGGGACGUUCCUGAUCCGGGACAGCACGCAGACGGACGUUUUCUUCACCCUGAGCUACCGGGCCGAGGUUGGACCCACCAGCGUACGGGUGCUGCUGAAAAACGAAGCCUUCAAUUUGGAUGGGAGCAAACACACCUUCCCCUGCCUCUUUGCCCUGCUGGAAUUUUAUAUCUCGUCCCCUAAGAGGAGUCUGAAAAGGCCCUAUCGCGGAGCUGCCCCCCAGACUCUUCAGGAGCUGUCCAGGAGGGCCGUGGUACGGACAUUUGGAAGGGAGAGCGUUGAAGGGCUCCCUGUAAGUGCUGGCCUCAAAGAAUUUCUGAACUUAUAUCCUUUUGCGAUAUAAAGGGUGUGUACCUGCACAUGUGCGCCAUGUGUGUUUAUACAGAGAUGUUCUGAUUUUAUAGCAGCUAUUCAGGCCCUACCUGCAGGCACAGCUCUUCGUGAAUUGUGCGUUUGUCUCUAUAUGUUCAAGGGUUUAUCAGUACUGUUACCAUCAAGUGCACUACUACAGGAUUUCAUCCUUAUUUCAUCCGCCUGCUGUGCAGACAGUGUUUCAUUUCAGAUUAUGUCCUGUAAAGAAAGAUAGGAAAUGUCACAACGAUGAUGCUUUUGUUUUGUUUGCAACGGUAAAUUUACUGAUCAGUACAAACCUCGAGAUUCUGGUACACGUAAUUUAUAUGUACGUACAUAAUAGAUUGUUGGAUUUCAAGCAGUGUUUUAAGCCAAGACAGCAACUUCAUUAGGACAGUUAGACGUCAUAAACAUGAAUCGCCCAAUCAUAACAGUUAUAGCUUACUUCACUGGUCAAAGUAGCAUGCGGUUCUCAAAUUGCAUUAAUUUUUUUUUUUUUUUGAUUACCAACAGAAUGUAAAGCAAAAUGAGUUAAAGCUCUUUUAUUUAUCGUUCUGAUAAAUAUGCUUUUACAUCUUUUUUUUUUUUUUUGUACUUCAAGUUAACAUUAUUUGUCAGACAUGGUCUGUUUUAUUAUAUGUCGGUAAAACUAUUAAACCAGUGCAAAAGUUAUCUAAGCCUACCUUCCCAAAUUUGUUCCCACCCCUCUCAUGCAAUAAAUCAUCUGAUCACUGGCGCAUUUAGGAGAAACAGAAACAGAAACUGGUUCUUCUUCAGAAUUUCUGACGUGUGCGACAUCCUGGUAUGUUGAGCGGUCUUCUUGCUGUUUCCUUGAAUCCUGACAAAGGCAAGCAGUUAUGCUGAGAAGACAGAAGCUUCAGUGGGAUUUUAUCUGAGUGGUCUGCCAAAGUUUCCAACUUCUGCCACAAACGUGGAUCCAUGGCCGAAGUUAUGUGUUUAGUGGUGGGUGAACAGCCCCAUCUAGUGGACCAGUUUGGACAAACUCUUGUUAGAUCUUCUUUAACAGCCACCCAGCUCUAACUCACUUGUGUCAUAACACUUGUUUGUCCAGAGUCUAGAGGUGCCAUGAUUCUCCAGUUGUGAAAUAGGUCUUAGCUCGUGUCAGAUAAUUGUGGUGGUAAAAUAACAAAUGAUAAAUAUCAAUGAAUGUAAUAUUUUGAUAGUUGUAUUGAUUGAAAAGAAGCUUCCUAAAUGAGUUCUGAUCGUUUUAAAAAGAUUACAGAAUAAUCUUCGCCACUGGAAUCCCAGAAGGUGGCCUAGCUUGGGUAACCUCCAUCACAAGUUUGGUACUUUUAUUUUAUAUUAUUACAUAUUUUUUUUAUUCUACCAAAAUACAUUUAUUAUGCUUGUGGGAGCAAAAAUAGUACUAAUUCAUUUUUACGCAACCAUGUUACACUCUCUUUUUACGCCUUAGAACCAAACAGACUGGUUUUGUUACCAUGUCAUUACGACUGAUGUGUGUAAAUGAUCUCUAUUCUGAUUGGCUGCCCUGUAGUGUGUCACAGCCUGGGCUGAAACACUCUGAGUUAAACUGCUGUUGGCUGAUUUGCAUGACAUCGCAGAAAUGGUCUGGUUUUGUUCUGUAUCUAGACUGUGGACUGAAGAGUGGAUAGUUCUCUGUGAAACUUCAAUACUGUUUACAAAAUACAUUAAAAUCUUAUUUCAAACGA